AUGUCAUCUUAUCAAGGGGAUGCCCAUGGUAACAGUACCUUUUUCGAAACAGAAGAACAUGUAGAGACCAAGAUCGUUUCAGUUUAUACACCACUGAUAUACAGUGCCAUUUUGAUCCUUUCAUUGGUUAUUUUUGGAUCUCAGUACAGAAAAAGAAGAAUUGCAAAGAUGGCUGAAUUGCCUUCCAUCUUUGAUGAUAACGAUGCUAGGGAUAUUCAUGUAGCGUUGAAAGAGUUGAACGAUGAACAACCUGUACAUGAAAAGGUGUUAAAAGCAGCAUUGUUAAACAGGGGUGCUGAAGCAAUCAGACGUUCAUUUAAGAUGAAAGAAUUAGAACCUCAGAUUAACAUCCUUUACAAGAAUGGAUCCAUUGGUGAGGACUACUGGCAACGUUAUCAAAAUGAGGUCAAAUUGAUAGAACUCGAAUUUAAACAAACUUUACAAGAGGCUCAAGAGAUACAACCUGGCUGGUUACAAAUGUUUGUGGUAGUGGCCAAAGAAAUCUGCUUUAACCAGGCGUUGGCAAGACGUUAUAAUUCUAUUUUAAAGCGUAAGACAGUGUGCGCCGAAGAAUGGGAGCUGAAGCUAGAUAACAAUGGCAGACUAAUCGAGUGA